UCGGGCAAGAAUGGGCAAGCGCGAGAGAAAAUGGCCCAUGUGAUGAGGCACCCAUUGCCGAGUGAUGGGCGGACGUACACAAUCGUUGCGUCCGCGUGCGAAUUAUUUACAUUAGGUUCCUGUCACGAAUUUGGUAUAACGGUCUCGCUCCCGACUUCUGAAAGCGGAAUUCGUUUAACCAGGUGAUAUUCUGUAUAAAAAAAAAAAAAAAAAAAACACUUUCCUUUUGAAGGAAAGUUAGAGAUGAUAGCUGCUCUAGACGCGUAGCCCUUUUAUUUGUGCAAAUAGGGGUCCGGUGGUGUCCGAAAUGACAGCACCGAGUAGAAUUGCAGUCGUUGGAGCUGGCAUAGUUGGGUUAUCUACAGCAUUAUGCAUGCAGGAGAAUAUUCCAAACAUAUCUGUCACAGUGAUCGCAGAUAAGUUCAUAGAGGACACUUUAAGUUACGGAGCUGGUGGCUUCAUAAGGCCUGAUGAGAACAUAGGUCCAUCGUACAGUACCACAAGGAGGUGGUACAAGGAAAGCUUCAACUAUUUUCGCCAACUUGCAGAUAAUCCCCUCACUAAGGAUGCAGGUGUCAAGUGGGUGUCUGGGUGCUGCCUUAGCUCUAUUGGAGCUGAAUGUCUGAGGAAUGGGAUCAUGGAAGACCUGUUUCCAGAUCUCAGAAUGCUGUCUGAGGAAGAGCUCAAGCAAUAUCCGUCAAAAUACAAGUUUGGCAUGUUCUACACUAGCAUAUUGGCUGAUCCAAGGAAAUACCUAAAGUGGUUGACAAACAAAAUACUACAAAAUGGUGGGAUUAUAGUCAGCAGGAGUGUGGAGAGUUUUGAAGAAUUAGCAGGACACUACAGUAUUAUCGUUAAUUGUACUGGGCUUGGCGCAAAAAAGUUAACCAGGGAUGUUCUCUUGACCCCUGUGCGAGGCCAGACAAUCAAGGUACAUGCCCCCUGGGUUGCCCAGUUCUGUUACGCAGAUGGUUGUUAUGUAUUACCUGGAACAGAGUAUGUGACACUAGGAGGCAUAAAGCAGCUGGGAGACUGGAACACAAAAGUUUCUGACUAUGAUCGCCGUUACAUAUGGGAGACUUGCACAUCUGUUGUACCAAGUCUUAAAAACGGCAAGGUGAUCCACGACUGGGUUGGUCUGAGGCCAUUUAGGCAGCCUGUUCGAAUAGAAGCUGAAGUAAUAAAAUUUGGCUCUACAACAUGCAAAGUAGUGCACAACUAUGGACAUGGUGGACAUGGUGUCAACAUAUCCUGGGCUACAGCCAAGGAUGCUGCUACUCUUGUCCUGAACAUGUUGAAGAGUGCUGCAACACGGGAAACGUCUAAACUUUAAAUGAACAGGCUUGUUGAACGUAAUGAAAAGGUGGCUAAGUUCAAAGUGUCACCUUAUUGACCUUGUGGCAUUCUCUGGUGACCUAUUGCAACAAUCAUGCUUCAAAGGACUCUGGGCUACCACAAACAAGCGAGGUUGAUAAAUUUUGAUGAAGACAGGACAAAGGGCACAGGUUAGCUGGCAAUACAUGAAGAUAGGAAACUAUGAGUUGAGGUAACAGCUUUUUGCCUUCUCCUUUUUUGUUUUUGUUUUUCUGAGAAUUUUGCUUUAUUGUCCUCCUUGCUCCUUGUGUUGAGGGUUUUCCCAUCGUCUUGUAAAAGUUACUUGCACAAAAUAGUGGGAUUACAGUUAAUAUUGUUAUUUGGUUUAGUAGUUCUGUACAGAUUUUGUACUUGAAGUAAAACUUUUAUUUUUACA